AUGAGUUCCAGUGAGACCCCUACAGCCUUUUUGGUGAAAUGGAAGAGCGCACUCGAAACUGGCGAUCCUAAAAGGUAUGAAGCACUCUGGGUGAAAAGUGCACGCCAGCGUCCCGAUACGGGCUAUCAGAGGACUGUGAAACUCCUUAGGGAUAACGUAAAUUUUGAGGUUAACCUUGGAGGUGCCAGCCAACCCUAUCGAGUUCCUCGCUAUACAAACCGCUUCCGGAUUGAAGGGAUUCCGCUCACGGCUUAUUACCCGGGCGAAGCGCAACAGCAGCUACGAAAUCUUGUUAUUGAAAAGAAAGGUAUUAUUCAACAGCGGUGGAAAAUUGUCCAAGAGGAGAUAGUCGGUAGUGAAUUCGCUCCCACACUGUCAACCCCUCCCACGCCGCAACCCGGGAUGACAGAGCAGCCCAAUAGCCCUGUCGUACCCCUCGUGAUGGCUUGGAAGGCUGCCUUAGAAACCCAGAAUUUAAAGGCGUAUACCAACCUAUGGGAUAAAUCCGCUCGGAAAAAACGAUCUUCAAGUUUCGGGCGUGCUAAGGACCUGAUGUCGCAAACCCAUGUCGUCGAUCUUACUGGAGCCACUUAUACUGUUGUUCCACGACACAAAAACCGCCACAUGGUUGACAACAUUCAGAUAACUUUGCAAAAUGGUGGCGAUACCAUUGAGACCCAUACCCGCACACUCACGGUUGAGAAAAAGGGGUUUUUCAGACGAAGAUGGAAACUCAUGAACGAUCAAAUCAAUGUCAUGUCUGAUGCUAUCGCACUCGCGCCAGAUGUGCCUGGGGUGGACACUGUCUCUGGCGAAGAGUCCGGGGGCACUUUCGAUGGAAAUGCUCCAUUGGAUACGCACCUCAAAGUGAGACAGGUGUUAGGGAAAUGGCAGUCGGCUUGGGAAGUGAAGGACCUGAAGAUCUAUAUGUCUAUCUAUUCGGAUGAAGCACAAAUUACCCGCGUGAAUGUCCGGGGCGGAAGGGAAACUUCGGUCUAUCUUACAAAGGGGCAGCUCCGCGCCAAGAUGAAGAAACUCAACACUAUAUACGCUGACAUCCAGGUCUCCAUCUCUAAUUUACAGGUUAACGGAGAUCGGGCAGUUGCAGAUGUCAAGUUUCUACAAAAAUUCACUGGCACUCCGGCGAGUGGUAGCCGACCCGCUUACUCCGAUUACGGCACUAAAAAACUCAAUCUCAUGGUAGAUCCAACCGAUGGACACUGGCGCAUUUACGCUGAGACGUGGAGUCGAUAUGAGGAUGUACCGGAUUUUCCAAAAAUGUAA